UGUCAUAUGCGUUUCUGUUCCAUACAUCUAACCGUGUAUAUGCAUUUGUUUUGAGUGGGUUUGGCCUGCUCUAAGUAUACUUGAGUUUGUGUUUAAUCUACUAAGCCCAAACCUUUCCCCAACUAACGAAUGUGAAAGAGAUAAAGUGACUAUGGUCCGUAGCUGAAUCACACAAGGAGUGAAAACGUCCAUGAAACUUCAAAUUUGGCCCUCUCCGAUGGUUAUUUGGUGCAUGUAAAACAAUAAUCAGGCACAAAUGCGCUCGCAAAAAAUACCCAUGAAAUGAAAGUACUGAAUUAAUGACUAAUAACAGUGGUGCAACAUAGGAUAUGAUGGAGGUCGAGCAGUUUUCCAGGGCACGCUACUCCUGCAUGCAAAAAUUAAGCUUUGGAAUGGGUCACAUUUACAAUGAUCUAUGUGCAGCGGUGUGGUUUUCUUACACCUUAUUUUACUUGCAAGUUGUGUUGCAAGUGGAAUCCUCAACGGCCGGAACACUCAUCAUGUUGGGUCAAGUGGUAGACGCGGUGGCGACACCAAUCGUCGGAUGGGCCAUAGACAAAACCGGUGUGCUCAAAGUUUGGCAUUUUGCAGGAACAACCGCAGUGGGCGUUGGUUUCUCUUUAAUCUUUUCCAUUGUACCGAACACAAACUCUUGGUGGUCAAUAUUGUGGUAUAGCGGUUUGAUAAUACUUUUUCAAGUUGGUUGGGCCACCGUACAGAUAUCGCAUUUGGCAAUAAUACCCUGCAUUUCUCAAGAUCAUACACACAGCGCUGAUCUUACAACUAUAAGGUACGCGGCAUCCGUCUGUUGUGGCAUCACAGUAUAUUUGAUCACUUGGAUGGUUCUCAAAACUACUCAAUAUGUAGAUAAAUUUGGUCCUGACGACUUUUAUAAAUUUCGUGAAAUAGCUUUCAUUCUAAGCUUCAUUGGAAUUUUUUCAUCUCUGCUGUUCUACUGUGGAUUACACGCUGUUAACUACAGAUAUGAGAAUCUUUCGGAAAGCAAUGGGCUAUUACGACCACAGUCUAGCUUGUUAAAGACUUCCAUUAUUUACCAAGUUUCAUUGUUGUAUAUGGCUUCAAGACUGUUUACAACAUUAAAUCUUAUUUACAUACCGCUAUUUUUGGAAGAGAGGGAGUUAAAGUUUAUGCCAAAGGGUGAUGGUAUCCGGCAAUCUAUUGCGAUUGUACCCCUAGUCUCUUUUUUAUCUUCAUUUGCGAUGUCGAUUAUUCUGAAAUGGCGUCCGAAACAGAUGAACGACAAGAUGAUUUAUAUCGUUGGCUCGAUUUUCUCUCUAAUUGCGUGUGCAUGGAUAGCGCUAGCGAUUAAUUCAGAUUUGGGCCGUCAAAUCUACGGUAUCGCCUGCUUCAUUGGGCUUGGAAGCUCAUCCACGAUGAUAUCGAGUUUGUGCUUGACUGCAGAAGUUGCAAAAUCUCAUGGUUUCGGAGGAUCUGUUUACAGUACUGUCACGUUUACCGAUAAAUUGGUAUCUGGAGGCAUCGUCGUUAUUACUCAGCAUUUAAGCCCAAAAUCGAUUGAGAUGUCGUCGAAUUUUUAUGGACAUGUUUUGGCUUACGUUUGCGGGAGUACUGCAGUCAUAGGUUUAAUUACAGUAACCACAUUGUACUAUCCACGACAAUAGAAUGUCGAAGUACUUCGAUCUGGUGCUCUGUGAAUUUAUUUGAAAACUCAUACGUUUUGUAUAAAUGUGUGUACCUACCUGCUAAAAAAUAAAAUUUCCUAAUUUUCUA